CAGAUCCUCAAGCCUCAUUUUGUCUUUGCACUGACUUGUGACAACCACAUAGGGUUUUUGGUUAAAUAUGCUAGCAUUGAUUCUCCUAAUUGCUGGUGUUGAAACAGGUUUAUCUGUUUCACACAGUAAAUCAUCAAAAGUCUUGCCUCAUUUUCCCACGACUGUAGUAACAGCCACAUUGGAAGAUCUCCAACAGGAGAAGCAAAAAUGGGAGGGAGAAAAGCAGAUCUGGGAGAAAGAGAAACUACUUUGGGAUAGGGAAAGACUAAAAUGGCAGUCAGAGAGGCAACAGUGGCAGGCUAUGAUGCAACAAUGGCAAAAUUAUCUUCACCAGGUCCAGAGUGAAAAUGAGUUUAUCCGAGGCAAAGUGAUGGAAUCGCACAAUCACAAAGAAAGCCAGAGCCCAUGUUUGGAACCUGUGUCAGUCCAGGAUUUAUCCUCUCUUCCUGACAAGGACAGAGUGUAUACCCGGUCUGAUGAUAUGGGAAGCAUACAGACGGUGAUUGAUGGCUUUGCUCAGAGACUGAGUGAAGUGAGUGCUGAGGUGCAGGCCUUGAAGGUAUCUAGAGACCAACUUCUUGCCACAGUGAGCCAGUCUCAGACAUCCUCUUACAUCAUCUGGGGUCGCUCCACCUGCCCUGUUUCCACGGAAACUGUUUACUCUGGCAUCAUCGGUGGGUCUCCCAAUUCUGAAGCUGGUGCAGCAGCCAAUUAUCUUUGUCUGCCUCUUUCUCCAGAACUGAGUGAUUCUAAGCUUCCAACAUACAGCGCCUUUUUGUUUGGAGCAGAAUACCAGACCUACAACACAAAUCCACUGCAUGCAAACAAGGACCCCCUGUGUGCUUUGUGCCAUCCUCGUGCUGUAAACGUCAUGCUGCCAGCAAGCAACACCUGCUGGCCUGGGUGGACGCUGGAGUACAGCGGGUUUUUAAUGGCUGGAGAUUCCCGCCAUUCUGCUGCCUCAGAAUUUAUCUGUAUUGAUUCCACUUUGGAGGAUCGAGCUGGAAGUGAACGAAAUGAAAAUGCCAAACUGCUUCUUUACACGGUCUCCCAUUGCGGCAGUCUGCCUUGUCCACCUUAUGCCAACUCAAAGGUGGUCACAUGUGCAGUGUGCUCUAUUUAAACAAGUUCAUCAGAUUUAUGUAGCUUAUGGUAUAAAAAAAAUGAAUGCUGUUAAAUUGAAGGAUGAGUACUUAUCACAAGGGAUUCCAAAUUGACAUUGAUAUUUCAAUUAUUUUUGACAAUUUUUGGUGUAAUGUCAUAUUGUUUAUGUGAUAUGUUAUUGCUUUUUUUUUGCUUUGCAUAAAAUUAGCAUCUCUAAAUGGAUAAUUUAAAAAAUGGAUUAUUUAAGCCUUUGAAAGCCUUACUUUGAAAGUCUACCACUCGAUCACUUUUAUGUGCUUGAAAAUACAAGUAUGCAUAACUGUUAUUAGGUGGUAUUAAUUCAAGCAAACAAGAGGAUGUGCAUAUUAUAAAGGACCAUUUUGUGCUAUUAAAAGCUGAAUCACUGCUUGUUUAUCAGGAGAACCAUCACCAAAUUCUUAAUACAAUAAAAUGUCAUAAAUGUUA